AGAGGGACAGAGGGAGAGAGAGAGAGGGACAGGUAAUGGGAGGGACUUCUCGGGAAUGACGUCUUGACUGGGGCACUUUUCACAUGACUCAAGCAUUUACAGUGAGCUGUGACAAGGUGUGGACGUCUCACAGGGGAGCAUUAAACACAGCUACAGUAUGUACAGAGAAGAAAUAUGAGUAACAUCCGCAACUAUUCAGUUACAAGAGUGCGUCUCCGUUUGUCAUCAUGCCAGUUCGGUUUCUACUGAGAUACCAUCGAGAUCGUUGACAAUAGAAUGUCGAGAUGAGGAGAGAGACGCUGGACUUGUUCAUCAGGGUUGUGGCGUCGUUGAUGGAGCAAAAUAUGUAGAGAAGAAUGCUGCAGCCCUCCAAUGUCCUGAAGCAAGAUGUCUCCACCAGGAUGGUGCGUCUGCUGGCUGCUACUCACUGUACGGCUGUCAGCCUGCGACCUGGAGGUGUAUGAGCACGACAACCACGACGUGGUUUGCUCAGAGGGUCUUUCUGACUGCGUGCUGAAGGAUGCGAUGCCUCUGGGCGAAGACGUGGAAAGUGCUGUGUAUAUAAAACACCUCACGCCAAGCGUUAAGCUCUGCUGCAAUGACAGUGUGGCGCUGUGUACAUUGUGUCUGGUAGUAGACACAAGAGUCUCUGUUGACCUGAGUGACGAAGACGCAGACUACUCAGGAGACGAGGAGACCGAAGACCAAAAAGCAUCGGUGACGCUGUGUUACAAAAUUGCACGUGCCCUGCCCACAUGCAAGAAGGUGGAGUUCACUGUCAAUCUUACAGCUUUUGCUCAGGACAAACAAACAGAGGUGGUGACUGUGAUUAUACGGAAACAUGAGUUUUCCUAUAGUGAUACGCUUAUGUUUUAUCCUUACUCAAAUCUCAGUCUCGAGAAAACCGUAAAUGUCCCUCAUCUCAGUGAAGUGUGUCACCAGGAACCUGUCAAAAACUGUCAGGUGCCCAGUCUCAACACUGUGAUCAGCAGCGAAAGCAAAACUGUGGAGUUGAAGUUUCCUGACAGUAUUGAGACGCUCCCUUCCGUGUGCAUCCAGUAUGAAAGGAAUGGAGUGUGUCAGAAAUGGAACAGGAAGAACAUUCCUCUCCACUCCGUGGCUCCCUGCACGUGUUUCCAGGUGUGGUAUGAGGAUGAAGAAAGGCCUAUACGCUCUCUGAGGUGCCCCUUCACAAACAAUAGUUUUUAUGUGGCUUCUCCAGAUGGUUUCAAAAGGAACAUCCACGAAAAUGUGUCAGUCUCUAUAAGGCAGAGUGUAGUGGGGACCUACAGAACCAUGCUGCAGUGGACCGUGUCUGCCCCCUGCAGGCUGGAGGGUGAAGUGUGGCCAUGUGAGAAACGGGACAGCUGCAGAGAGCUGCCAGGUUUCAGACAACGGCUUUUAAACAACCACUGGACACAGAACAGUAAAGGACUGUGGGUGAACGAGGACAUAUUUGAUGACAUCCCUCUCAGCCAUUCUUUAUGUAUUAUGGUGGCAGUAGAAGGACACGAGCUGGGAGAAUACUGCUUCAAUAACACUGACAGGCAUCGCUGGAAUCUCCUAUUCGUUGGUGUGGGGCUGCUGGUUUGCUUAACGGGGCUCCUUUUCUACUUCAUUCAAGGCGACAUCAAAAAAUGGGCGUGGAGCUGGAAUCACGGUGGAUUUGUAAAGCUACCCAUGAACAAAAAAGUCCACGUGGUGCUGCUCAGUCCUCCAGAUGUGGAUGUGGGUGUUUCAGCGUUAGUGAACGGGCUCGGAUUGCACCUCCAGAAGCACGGCUUCGGUGUGUCUGUGGAGCAGUGGAGCCGGAUGGAGCAGUGUGCUCUGGGGCCUCUGCCCUGGUUGUACUCCCAGCUGAAGCCAAACAGCCGUGUUGUGCUCAUACUGACCCCGAAAGCUUUGGAAAAAGCAGGGGAAUGGACCCUCAAGGACAAACAGGACGCCGAGGCUAAAUGGGGAGACACCGACGUCCCUCAGACAUUAUCCCCAUACUCUGACGUGUUCAUGGGCUCCCUGUGCAUCAUAGAGAAAGAACAGCAGCUGGCCAGAGUUCAUCAGCGGUUUCUUUUGGUGAAAUUUGACACUCACUCAGGCACUUGUAAGGACUUACCAAAGCUUCUGGAGGGACUACCUGUGUUCGGGUUUCCCUCACAAAACCAUGAACUUCUAGCUGAGCUCACUGUGCGACAGACAGAGAGGACAUCAGGCGAGAGGACACAAACAAAGGUAGAAAUGGAGUGAAGGCCACAGAAGGACAGAUGAUCCACCGUGUCUUAGAGUGGAGAUGAAGAUGGAGACACGGCCCUGAUUCCUCCUCUAAAUGUCACGAUGAAAGCUUGUAUCGUUCUGUGCACAUGGAUGAGAAACAUCACGCACUUUUAAAGAUAUUUACAUUAUAUUGUUAAUGUGGUGAAGAUUGCACACACAUAAUUGAAUAUCUUUAAGUAAAUAUGUGUAGAGUUCAUUUCCUGUGACAGCUGGCACUCAGGGAUUUCUGUAUUACAUUUACAUAAACAAAUGUCACUCUUGCCUUGAUUUAGGACAUAUUUCUGCACUAUAAUAACAAACACGCUCACUGAUAUGUUUCAGUGACUUAUGAAGAUGUUUCACGUGAUUUGUUGGCUGUACGGGAUUAAUUACACAACAUCAGUUUCAAAAAUAAUACAGACCAAUUAUAUCCCUGCAUUGGAACUUUGUCCACACUUGUCUAUAAAUAAAUGUGCUUAUUUGUGCCAUUGCA